UUGAACGGGAUUGUAAUGCGAAUGGGAGUACGUACGCAGUAUACUCAAUAAUACUACGGAGGAGAGGGAGACUAAGGUCGCUGACUGAGGCACUCAGGCAGCCCAUGGAGAGUAGAUGCCUGAUGGGUCAGGCAGCAUAGAAUCCAUUUGGAAGGCCGUCAGGGGUUACAGUACCGUACAAGAAUACCUCGGGGCCUCGCCCAGACGAUGCCCAGAGGUUGCCCCUCGGACGGGCAGCGGUAACCGUACCGUACGCCAAAUACACUCCCAGCGAUCGAUCAGAUAUCGGCGGGCGUUGCCUUCCCGUGGUGCCACUUCUUUCACCUCAGUUCAUCCAACUUCCACCCGGCUGCCAUCACGUUGCUUUCCUUUGCUGUCGAUUUGGAUACUUAAUCUCCUUGGUCUGGUGGCGACACUCCUUUUCUCUCCGACCGGAUUCCUUUUCUUUCCCUCUCCUUUGUCUCAAUCGUCGCAAAUAUCGCCCACGCUCUCCUUUCCGACCUCCCCUUCCCUGAUUAAUCAUCGUCCUGUCGGUUCCGGCCAUCGCGUCCCCUGAUUGUGGACCGCCUUGGGAAAGGUUCCGAUUGUUCCAGGGACAAACUUCUUUUCUUCUAUAUACUUGGAAAAUUUCCCUCCGUCAAGUCGAGAUCCUUACCUUCCGAUCCACCCGACCUU